ACCGUCAUCGGCAUAAGGGGAAAGUGGGAAUCGCUCCCCACAAGAAAUGCUUUUAUCCCACCAUUUCUAAGGAUUUAGUUGCUCCCAUUUCUGAGAUCUGCUUGAGGCCGAGUGGUUGUGUUUUUGAAAGAUUGACAAAUAAUGGAGGACAGAGGGAAGCGUGCUGUACAGAAAAGGCAAGUCCUAUUUCUUUGUGUAUUUCUGGGAAUGUCUUGGGCUGGCGUGGAACCGCUUCGGUAUUUUGUGGCAGAGGAAACUGAGAGAGGAACUUUUCUGGCUAAUCUAGCAAAAGACUUGGGGGUGGGGGUGGGGGAACUCUCAGACCGACGGUCUAGAAUUGGUUAUCGUGGGAAUAAGCUACAUUUGCAGAUCAAUCAGGAGACCGGGGAUUUGUUACUAAAUGAAAAACUGGACCGGGAGGAAUUGUGCGGGCACACAGAGCCCUGUGUGCUGCGUUUCCAGGUGAUGCUAGAGAAUCCUUUAGAAUUUUUUCAAGCUGAGUUACAAAUAAUAGACAUAAAUGACCACUCCCCUGUGUUUUUGGACAAAGAAAUGUUGCUAAAAGUAUCAGAGAGCAGUUCUUCUGGGACUACAUUUCCUCUGAAGAAUGCUCAGGACAUGGAUGUAGGCCAAAAUAAUAUUGAGAACUAUGUAAUCAGUCCCAACCCGUAUUUUCGGGUCCUUACCCAAAAACGCAGUGAUGGCAGGAAAUAUCCCCAGCUGGUGCUGGAGAAAGCGUUGGAUCGAGAGGAGGAACCUGAGAUCAAGUUAACCCUUACAGCACAGGAUGGCGGUUCUCCACCCCUGUCUGGCACAGCUCAGAUCCGCGUAGAAGUCAUGGACAUCAAUGAUAAUGCCCCUGAAUUUCAGCAGCUCAUCUAUAGGGUGCAGAUUCCUGAGGACAGUCCGAUAGGUUUCCUGAUUGUCACAGUCUCUGCUACAGAUAUAGACCUUGGAGCCAACGGAGAGAUCUCCUAUUCACUUUUCCAGGCUUCAGAUGAGAUUAGCAAAAAUUUUGCAAUCAAUCCCUUGACAGGAGAAAUUCGACUGAAAGAACAACUUGAUUUUGAAAGAGUUCAGUCCUAUGAAAUCAAUAUAGAGGCGAAAGAUGCCGGAAGUUUUACUGGAAAAUGCACGGUUCUGACCCAAGUCACGGAUGUUAAUGACCAUGCCCCAGAAGUUACCAUGUCUGCACUUACCAGUCCCAUCCCUGAGAACUCUCCUGAGACAGUGGUUGCAGUUUUCAGUGUGUUGGAUCUUGAUUCAGGAGAAAAUGGGAAAAUAAUUUGCUCCAUUGGGGAGAAUCUACCCUUUUUCCUGAAAUCUUCAGUGGAAAACUUUUACACCCUAUUAACAGAGAGACCGCUGGACAGAGAAAAAACAGCUGAGUACAACAUCACCAUCACUGUCACUGAUUUAGGAACACCAAUGUUGAAAACACAACUUAACAUAACAGUGCAGGUAUCAGAUGUCAAUGAUAAUUCGCCAAUCUUCUCGCAAACAUCCUACACCCUGUCGGUGUGUGAGAACAACCAGCCUGCCCUGCACAUAGGCGGCGUCAGCGCCACAGACAGAGACUCAGGCAGCAACGCCCAGCUGACCUACUCGCUGCUGCCGCCCCAGGACCCGCACCUGCCCCUCGCCUCGCUGGUCUCCAUCAACGCGGACAACGGGCAGCUGUUCGCGCUGAGGGCGCUGGACUUCGAGGCCCUGCAGGCGUUCGAGUUCCGCGUGGGCGCCACAGACCGAGGCUCGCCCGCGCUGAGCAGCCAGACGCUGGUGCGCGUCGUGGUGCUGGACGACAACGACAACUCGCCCUUCGUGCUCUACCCGCUGCAGAACGCCUCUGCGCCCUGCACCGAGCUGGUGCCCAGGGCGGCAGAGCCGGGCUACCUGGUCACCAAGGUGGUGGCGGUGGACGGAGACUCGGGCCAGAACGCCUGGCUGUCGUUCCAGCUGCUCAAGGCCACGGAGCCCGGGCUGUUUGGCGUGUGGGCGCACAAUGGCGAGGUGCGCACCGCCAGGCUGCUGAGCGAGCGCGACGCGGCCAGGCACAGGCUGGUGGUGCUGGUCAAGGACAAUGGCGAGCCGCCGCUGUCUGCCAGCGUCACGCUGCACGUGCUGCUGGUGGAUGGCUUCUCGCAGCCCUACCUGCCGCUGCCGGAAGUGGCGCCCGAGCGCGCGCAGGCCGACUCGCUGACAAUCUACUUGGUCAUCGCCUUGGCCUCGGUGUCGUCGCUCUUCCUCUUUUCCGUGCUGAUGUUUGUAGCAGUGAGGCUGUGCAGGCGUCGCAGGGCGGCGCCGCUGGGUGUGUGCUCUGUGCCUGAGGGCCACUUUCCUGGUCACCUGGUGGAUGUCAGUGGCACUGGCACCCUGUCCCAGAGCUACCAGUAUGAGGUGUGCUUGACAGGAGGCUCAGGGACCAGUGAAUUCAAGUUUCUGAAGCCAGGUUUACCUAAUUUCCAAGUCCGUUCCCUUGGGUCAGAAAUGGAAGAAAACCGCAACUGUAGAAAUGACUUAGGCUUCAAUAUUCAGUUAAAAUAAUCAUUUUUAAUAUAUGGUAUUUUAAUUUCGUGGCAAAUUCAAAGUGAUGGUUUUUAUGUCAGAGUGUUAUGAAUUUUUAAAUCACACUAAACUAGCCUGAAGUAUUUAGGUUUUCACUGGUUUAAAAUAUUGGUUUCUUAUCUUUUCUCUAUGUUUAUAAAAUGAGUGAUACUAAAUCUUGCCUUUCAAACACUGCUGAUGUCAAUGGUCAUAGAAAUCUUUGUUCUGCAAUAGUUUAGGAAUGGGGAGGAAGACUGGAAAAUUAAUUCUACAUACUCAAUUGCAAUUCCUUGUAUAUUUUUUUAGUUGUUAAAGCAUGACUCUAUCUACAGAGAAGUAAUGUACUAAUAAUCUGUCUAAUCAGGAAGGAAGAUAACUGUACAGUGAGAAUAUUUGGGUCAUGCUUUAUUUUAUCCAGAUAGUACUACUCUUUGAUUUUUUUUCUUAAAAUGUUAUAUAAUUGUACUUCUUUUAUCACAGAAAAGUUUUUAAGAUAAUUAUUUUAAACUGCUUUUCACUUACUUUCAUUGGUGUUAAAGGAAGGGAAAUGUUGUGCCAUAUUUAUCUUGUGAGAUGAAGUAGCAUGGUAGUGAAAUUGGCUUUUCUGCUUUGAGAAACAUUAACCAUCUGUAACAGAAAGUACAGUGACCAAUGUUCAUUCAUCUUUUCUUCUUUAGUAUCAGACCCCAAGUUUAGGGAAUUAGGGUACUUGAUCAAAAGAAUAUAUUUUCAAAUGCUUCUUGGCAGUUGGAAUUGGACACAUUACUAUGUUAUAGUCUAAGAUGUAUGCACAAAACUUCCAGGUAACUCCCAAUACUUUUUUGGUUCUGGUCCUUUCACUUGCUAGGCAGACUCUACCACUGAGUUUCACCCCCUAACCUCAGGAAGAACUUUUAGAGGGAGAUAAUUCAUCUGGAAGGGUGUCACAUUUUUUCCUUCUCCAAAAACACUGCUUUGUGGUGCUUUAAAUGUGUAUGGAAUGGGUCAUAAACAAACAGCCAUGUAGAAUUCUGAUGGUAGAAACAAUGGACCAAGACAGUGUGAUGACAUUGAGUCAUCAUGUCAUCCUCCUUCUAAACAUUUUUUACUUAAGUAAUAAGGGAACAUCUAUCUUAUGUAACCCACCACUAUUUCAGUUUUUAUGCUACCUCCAGUGGAAUCUAUUUAACAGUAAUACACAGUUAAAAUGCACAAAUCUUAGGUAAAUGGUAUGAUAUAACUGAUCUUUUUGACAUUUGUGUUUCUUGAUUUCUAAUUUAUCUAAAAGUAUUGUAUAGUGUUUUACAUUCAUUAUCUUUUUAAUCUUUUCCAAAAUCCUAAGGGAGCCAGCAUAUUAUUCCCCUUUUUACAUAUGAGGAAAUUGGAGAUUUAGGACAAUAAAGUAACUUGCUCAUGAUUCUGAGUAAAUUUGAAAUAUAAAUCUAAGUCUACCUAAAUUUAAUUCCUCAGUUCUUAACCAGUAUGCUAUAUUGGCAGGCAUUAACUGGGUGCAUUGUUUCCCAAAGAAGUAAAUUUAAUUAUUAGUUCUAAUCUUACUCCAUGAAUUAAAUUCCUAUGUGAAAAUAAAACUUUUAGCCCAUAGUUUGUAUUCAUUUUUAUACAAGUUCUGUAGAUAAAUAAAACCAAGUUUCUUGGAGAAUUCCUGUUCCUAGUAAGCUGGGUCAUAUACCACAAUUGAUCCAAAUCAGUCUGAUAGUAUUCGUGGUGUUCUUAGCAUGUCACAUUCGUUAUUGCAGAAAUGAUGGCACUGAAAAAAGAGUAGUUACUCUCUGGUUGCAUUUCUUGAAUUUUUUUAUGCUUUUUUCUUCAGUCUUCCUUUAUCAACUGUAAUGUAUUUAUAUUUGUUUUGUUUGGAAAGUUGAAACUUGCUUUAUUAUAUACAUUUGCAUACGUCCCUUAUUAAAAUUAAAUAUAUUAUAUUCAUUUUGGUAAAUCAUAUUUUGAAAGCAGUUGCUAUUCUAGUACUAGUUGUAAUCAAAACCUAAUUUUAGAAAACUACAGGCAAUAUUGUGGAGGAGUUUUCUUCACUAAAUAAUUUAGAGAUCUGGAAAUUCAGUAGAAAAAAUAUGAUGGGCUCCAGUUAUUUUCUGUUAAGAUUAACAAUGUCUUUGACAUUCCUCUUUAAAACUAUGCUGAAAAAAAACUAUGCAUGUGUCAUAAAUGACUGUUUGGAAAGAAUGACCCAUCAGAGCUGAAAUAAUUUUUCAGCAUUUGUUAUAGUACUAUUCUUGUAGAAAUUAUAACUUUUUGUUGAUUCAACUGCUAUGUGCAUGUGAAUCCAUAUUUAUGUUAAUGUGUUAGUUUUCUAUUGUUGCUUGAA